CGCAGAGUCGUGCGCCUCUCACCCGGAGAAGUGGCACAGUUUUUACGCAGCGGCUCAGUGGAUAUUCGACUCUGCUGGAAGUUUCCACCACAGCCCAGUUUGACCUGGAGGACAAACCAGUGCGAGGCUCGGGUACCUGCAGGAUCGGUUGGGCUCUCCGGUCACCAUGGGGGACGUGGUUUCCUCUCACCUGGAUGAGGGCAGGAGGGAGGUGAUUACAGCUCAGACCAGAGACGUGAUGAAGGAGUUCAGCGACGUGUACGAGCAGCAGUACGCCGUCGCUCUCUUCAACAGCGUCCGCUACGAGAUAGAAGGAGGAGGCGGGACGCAGUCGCAGCUGCUGCACCGACAGGACCCCCUGGCGGGCCGCACCAUUUUCUCAGGGAGUCUGUUUCAGUACCUGGAGGAGAACAGGAAGUGGAGGAAUCGCUUCGUGUCGGUGCCGAACACCUACAGCUUCGACCUCUAUGAGAGCAAAACUGCACAUGACCGGGAGCUGCAUCCGAAAGUGACCAUCAGCUGUGCCGGGUACAAGGCCCUGACCUCCAUGGAGGAGUACCUGGAGCUGAUGAACACCAGCCUGCCAGGAAUCAAAGCCCGAGUCGGCAGUCAUCCGUUCAUCAAGUGCGCGACCCAGUUCCCGCUCAUCCUGUGGCACCCGUACGCCCGACACCACUACUUCUGUGUGACGACGGAGAAGGAGCAGAAGAAGUGGCACGCCGUGCUGCAGGACUGUGUCCGACACUGCAACAACGGUCUGUCAGAGGACAGCACUGUUGAGACGCCCGCCUUCACUGACGCUGUGAGACGCCACAGACAGAAGAAGGGACACUACGGGACCUGGGACAUGAUGUGCGGAGCCCCCCCGCAGAUUCUGGCUAAUCUGGUGAUGGAGACUCUUCACCCCGAGUUAAGAAAUGUGAUUGGUCCUCGCCUGAAGGGGAAAAUGCAGCAGAGGCAGAGGAACUGGAUGUUGGUCUCCGACGCUGUGUACAGGCAGGUGUUAUCUCAGACCAAGAGCCAGUACGGCGCCCUGGUGGACGCCUGCGAGGCCCAGAGGGUUCAGCUGGACGCGAGGCUGCGAACGGACAUGGACCAGAUCAUCACGUCCAAAGAACACGUCAGCAGCAAGAUACGAGCUCUGGUGUUGCCCAAGACGGAGCCGCUCCUGCGGACCAGCGUCCAGCCGUACAUCAGCUCCAUCCUCGAGGCCCUGAUGGAGCCCACCAGCAGAGGCUUCUCGGAGGUCAGGGAGGUUUUCUUCCGAGAGCUGGUGGAGAUCAGCAAGAACUCGCUCAACGGAGGGGGCAAGGACAAAAUGGGAGACCACAUGGAGAGACUGUCCAUGCUCGCCUUCCACCCCGUGAAGAUGCAGAGCUGCUACGAGCAGGUGGAGCAGCUGAAUCUGGAGGGGCUGCAGCAGAGGUUCGACGUCGGCAGUCCCUCGGUGUUCGUCAGCAGAGCUCAGAUCCUCAUGAGGGAGCAAAUGGACAACGCUGUUUACACAUUCGAGCAGCUGCUGCACCAGUGUUUGGAGGGAAAAGAAGAAGAUGACAUGUGCAAGACCAUCCAGCGAUGCCAGGACAGGGUUCUCAAGAAAUAUGAUUACGACAGCAGCACAGUGCGAAAGAAGUUCUUCAGAGAGGCUCUGCUGCAGAUCAUCAUCCCGUACAUGCUCCAGCAGCUCUCACCCUCCUGCUCACCUGAGCUGCCUCGUUUCAAAGAGCUGAUCUUUGAGGACUUCUCCCGUUUUCUGCUGGUGGAGAACAUGUUCGAGGAGGUGGUGCUGCAUUCCGUCACCAAGGACAUAAUGAUGGCUGUGAAGGAGGCGGCCGUCCAGAGGAGACACAACCUGUACAGGGACAGCAUGGUUCUGACAAACAGCGACCCCAACCUGCACCUGCUCGGAGAAAACGCCUCGGUGGACUGGGCCACCAAAUUCGGUGGCGAGGAUCCCGACAGCUCUGUCAUCGGUAUGAUUGAAGGAGGGGGUUCUGGGAAUAGACGCCGGCAAGUGGUGUCCAUGAUCCAGCUGGACGGGGUGCCUCUGCCCUACGAGUCCUGUCUGGAGGUUCCGGGGGUGGAGAUCAUCCCGGAGGAGGACGGCGAGGUGUUUGACAAAAAUAUGGAGUACCACGAGGAGGAUGAGGAGAACGAGGACCUUCCCAAAGAACCCAAGUCUCCUGAUAGCGUGACUCAAAUCAGGGACCUUAUUAAUCCGAUAGUGGAGAUGGUGCUGCCGGUGUCAGAGGAGGAGCAGAGCGACGUCACCAAAGGGACGCAGCCGACCAGAGGCAUCCUCACCUCGGAGGGCGGAGUGCAGGAGGAGGUGACACACGUCACCACCAUAGUGGAGGACGUCCCCAGGAGAUCUCUACGAGACAAGACGUCCCCGCAUGCAAUCCUCAGGCAGCUGGUAGGAAGCAAGAAGGAGAAGGCUGAUAAGGAGGCGGCCAUCAAGAACGCCACUGAGGAAAUUCCUUUGGCGGCACAGGAUGACGGACUGAUUGCGGAGGUCUCUGCGGGAGAAUCAGAUUUGGAGUCAACACCACUGCCGACAGACUCCAGCUCGCGAGAAGACAGCGGCUUCCAGUCGCCGACCAACGUGGAGGCGGAUGAAAGUGAGCCUCGGCCAAUCACAAACGGCCUGAGUGGGGAGGACAAAAUCAUCGACCCGGUAGACGUGGAACUGAUUUUAGCGUAGGAAGACGAAUGUUCUGGACAUGAGUAUGAAACUGGAGACAAACUGCAGACAGAAAACAGAGUUGACAGGAGAGGAGAGGAAAGAAUUCAGAUUUUAUUUAAAGGUUUAAUUUGUGUCUUAAUUGUUGUUUAUAGUUGCACACUUCAAAACCCAACUCCCCCUCCCGUCCCGUUCUGAAACAUCUCUCUGGAGACUGUCUCCUCUCUGCAGCGUUUUCUGUAAACGACAAUAAAACUCUACAUAUCUGUUCGCCAAUAUUUUAUUGCGAUCGUCCACUUUUCAUCUAAGUAUUGGAAGUUUUCUAAAUGACAGGGGUUUGCUUGCAUCGGUAAUAAGAUCAGAUUGAUAUUAUUCUCAAUUUAUCUCAGAUUUCAUGAAAGUUAGCUUUUAAAAGUUCAGCUUUUGCUACAGUGCAGGUAGAUGAGUCGUCCUCUAAUGAGCACAGCCUCUACCUGGGCAGCAGGGGGUGCUAUACCCAUUCAUUAGUUGCUUCUGGGUUGGUAUCUUUGAUCUCUUUAAAGCAGUGGUUGUCACCUGGUCCAGAGUAACGCCCACAAAUAUAAUCAGUAAAAAGUGUUUAAAAGCAUUUUCUUACUUUUAACAGCAAAUUUGUCACAAGGGUAAUUGAGCCAAUUUCACAAAAAAAUUUAAUUCCGUCCCUAAAAUAAGUUAUUUUAUUUUGAAUAUUUUAAUUUAUCUUCGGACGCCUGCGAGGUCGGGAAUCACUGCUUUAAACGACUAUGUUUCCUUUUUUUAAAAAACAUAUUUCUUUCCUCGUUUGUGAAAUGUUAUUUUAAACAUUUAAUUUGUUUACCAUGCAAACAUUUCUUAAAUUUGCAAAAUGGCCUUUAUGUUUCAACACGUUUCAGGAUAUGAUUGUUGCUUCCACAGUGAUUCUUACAUUUUAUUCCUCUGGGGGGGAAAAUAACCAGAACACUUUGUUUCUCGUGACCUUGACUCGACUCGAUUGAACUUGUAAUUAGAGGACGCCGUCUCAGUGAUUACAAGACAAAAGAGUGACUCCUUUUUCUAUUUAAAAACAGUCUUUUAUUAUUUAAUUCCAUCUCUUCUGGGUAAAAGGGAGAGUUCAACCCAAAGUCAAACGUAUUCACUGCUUUGUUGGUAUCAAGCUCCACAGAUGUCUGGUUUUCUUCUAUGUGACAGGGAUAAACUGGCUUUUCAAUUAAGACUAUGUGACGUCCUUCCCUGUGUAACAAUACAUGUGAAAGAAAAGACUGUAUCACUGAUAUUUGUCCUUGUGGAAGACAUUUGCUCACAUUUAUAUAAACAAUCGUUGUGUCUCUGUGUAUAAUGAAAGGUGAUGAUGCAAGAGGUUCGAUAAACUGUAAAUAUUAGACUUCAAUUACUAAAAUAAAUCCGUCUGUAUUUUAAAA